GACGUGAACCAUCUUAGUAAAAUAAAACAUCUUUGGUGCCUCUGUAAAGUUACAGAGAGAGAAAGUCUUUUUGUCGUCGGAAGCAAAAAUGGCGUUGGAGCUGUAUUUGGACCUUUUCUCUCAGCCCUGUCGCUCAGUUUAUAUCUUCGCUAAAAAGAACAACAUCCCUGUUGAGGUGAAAAGAGUUUCGCUGAUGGACGGUGAGCAGUUCUCAGAAGAGUUUGGGAAGAUAAGCUUGAUCAGAAAAGUUCCUGCUCUGCGAGACGGAGACUUCUGCCUGGCUGAAAGCAUUGCCAUCCUGCUGUAUCUGGCUCAGAAGUUUAAGACUCCAGACUUCUGGUACCCAGCUGACCUCCAGCAGCGUGCAUGUGUCAAUGAGUAUCUGUCAUGGCAGCACAGUGCCAUUCGCUGGCAUGGAUCAAGGAUUUUCUGGCUGCGGGUUUUGAUUCCCAAGAUUAUGGGUGUCGACGUCCCACAGGACAAGCUGGAUGCAGCCUUGGAGGACCUGAAUGGCUCACUGGAACUCAUCGAAGAAAAGUUCAUCCAGGACAGGCCCUUCAUCGCAGGAGAUCAAAUCUCACUAGCUGACCUGGUUGCCAUUGUGGAGAUUAUGCAGCCUGUUGGCUCUGGCCUGGAUGUGUUUGAGGGGAGACCCAAGCUAAGCGCGUGGCGGGACAGAGUCCAGGCUGCCAUUGGACAGGAGCUGUUUGAUGAGGCCCACAAGCCCAUCCUUGGGGCCCAGGAGAGUGCGAAACUGAUAGAUGGCAGCAAGAUGGAGUUCUUCAAGCCCAAGAUUCUCAAGUUAUUCAUGUGAAGAGGAGAUUUGGUCAAUAAAGCUUCAAGUAAAAUCUA